AUGACACAAAUUAUUUGGUUCAGCUUUCUGCUUUGUAUUGUUUUGGCUGAGAAUGAAACUAUCUCUCUACUAAAUCUCGACAUCGAUGACAUUACAUGGGAUGACUGUAGCAAUGGGUACUUCUCAACUAGUUUCAACAUCCUUGAUAAUAGCAAUUUGGAGUCGAUCCUAGGUUCAAGCAUUGAUGCUCAUAAAAGGGAACCAGAAAAUACUGGUAGAGAAUUACCAGGAACAUCUGCUGGGAAUUUGGAGGAUAGCAUUUCAUCUGAUUUUUCGCACUUCGAUUUCACUGAUUUGUGGAAAAGUAAGCAUAGAAGCAAUGAAGAUUCGAAAAUCGAAACCGUUCCAAUCACAAUAGGAAAUUCUCAGUUGCAAGAAUUGCCGAGAACAGAUGGUGAGAAUAUGCAUAGUAGCAUUUCAUCCGACCCUCUGCACUUCGUAGAUCUCAGUCAUUUCCGCGAAAUUAACGAUGCAAAUACUAAGGAAUUUGAAAACAUAACUGAUCUCGUUACUGCGAAAAAUUCAGAGUUAUUUGUUUUGCAAAGUGCUUCCAUUACAGAUAAGAAAAAUUAUGAGUGUUCCCAUUGCGAAAGCUGUGGUAACAUUUUCAAGUGCAAGAGUAAUCUGUUCUUUCACAAGAAGGAUUGCGCGAAAGCUGCAUAUGAGAAAAAUUAUGAAUGCUCCCAUGUCGGGUGCACAAUGAAAAUGAACAGUCGCAAGGAAUACAUAGCUCACAGAAAAACACAUCCCGAACCUUUUAUUUAUGAAUGCAAAGUGUCCGGUUGUGGGCUAACAUUCAAUCAUUCAUCAUCAUUCUACAGUCAUCAGGAAGCACAUGGGCCUAAACUUCAGUGUGGGAACUGUGGCAAAAUUUUCAACUCAAAAAAUAAUUUGAGGUCUCACAAGAAGCAUUGUACGAAAGCUCUACAUGAGGAAAAUUACGAGUGUCUCCAUGUCGGAUGUACUAUGAAAACGAAAAAUUACAAGGAAUACAUAUCUCACAGGAAAACGCACCCCAAACCUUUUAUUUAUGAAUGCAAGGUGUCGGGUUGUGGGUUAACAUUCACUCAUCCAUCAUCAUUCUGCUUUCAUCAGGAAACACACAAGCUUAAUGUUCAUUGCGAAAAUUGUGGCAAAAAUUUCAUCUAUAAGAAUAAUCUAAGCGCUCAUAGGAAGCAUUGUACGAAAGCUCCACGUUAG